CAUCAUGCAGCAGGUCAAACAAGGCAUCUCCUAGUAUUGCAUCCUACAGAUGUGCCGUAAACAUCAAAAGAAGACGGUGGGAGCAGGAGAUGCUGUUUUGGAAAGAAGUAAAGUUUAGACAUCUCCAUGUUAACGAUGAGCGUGACACUUUCCCCUCUGAGGUCACAGGACCUGGAUCCCAUGGCUACUGAUGCUUCACCCAUGGCUAUCAACAUGACACCCACAGUGGAGCGGGGAGAGGGAGAAGAGGCCAUGAAGGAUAUAGAUUCUGACCAGCAGUAUGAAAAACCACCCCCACUCCACACAGGGGCUGAUUGGAAGAUUGUCCUCCACUUACCUGAAAUUGAGACCUGGCUCCGGAUGACCUCAGAGAGGGUCCGAGACCUAACCUACUCAGUCCAGCAGGACUCAGACAGCAAGCAUGUGGAUGUUCAUCUAGUCCAACUAAAGGAUAUUUGUGAGGACAUUUCUGAUCACGUCGAACAAAUCCAUGCCCUUCUUGAGACCGAGUUCUCCCUGAAGCUGCUGUCCUACUCUGUCAAUGUGAUUGUGGACAUUCACGCAGUGCAGCUCCUCUGGCACCAGCUUCGAGUCUCUGUGCUGGUUCUGCGAGAGCGCAUUCUGCAAGGACUGCAGGACGCCAAUGGCAACUACACCAGGCAGACGGACAUUCUGCAAGCUUUCUCUGAAGAGACAGAGGAGGGCCGACUUGAUUCUCUAACAGAAGUGGAUGACUCGGGACAGUUAACUAUCAAAUGUUCUCAAAAUUACUUGUCUCUGGAUUGUGGUAUUACUGCAUUUGAACUAUCUGACUACAGUCCAAGUGAGGAUUUGCUGGGUGGCCUGAGCGACAUGACUUCUAGCCAGGUCAAAACCAAACCCUUUGACUCUUGGAGAUAUAGUGAGAUGGAGAAAGAGUUCCCUGAGCUUAUCCGAAGCGUUGGGUUGCUCACCGUAGCUGCUGACUCCAUCCCCCCUUCAAACUGCAGUGAAGCAGUCAGUGAGGAGCCAUCUCAAGUGUCUCCUUCAGCAGAGGAAAAGGGUGCAUGUGGGGAAAACGUCGCUUUUGCAGACAAAGAGCAAUCAGACUUACCACCAGGGCCGUCAUCUUCAGGGGACAUUCUGGCAAAUGCUGUUCAUCACUCUUCUGACAAUGCAAAGCAAGAAUGUAGUUCCUCCCUGCAUCUUGGUGCACAGAAUCAACCGCCUCUUCCGGGUGAAAAUAUAACCCCUAAGCGAUCCAUCAGAGAUUGCUUUAAUUAUAACGAGGAUUCUCCCACACAGCCCACAUUGCCCAAAAGAGGGCUUUUCCUUAAAGAAGAAACUUUUAAGAACAUUCUGAAAGGCAAUGGUGGCAAGAAGUGCAUGGUUGAUCUGAAGCCUGAGAUGAGCAGGAGCACUCCCUCACUGGUGGACCCUCCUGACAGAUCUAAGCUCUGUCUGGUGUUACAGUCUUCUUACCCCAACAGUCCAUCUGCUGCCAGCCAGUCCUAUGAGUGUUUGCACAAGGUGGGUAUUGGCAAUAUUGAAAAUAUAGUUAGAAGUCACAUUAAAGAAAUAUCUUCUAGCUUGGGAAGGCUUAAUGACUGCCAUAAAGAGAAACCUCGACUGAAGAAGCUACACAAGACCUCGCAAGAGGUGCCCGCACGCCAAACAACUGAUCUAGGAGCUGGUUCAGGCAAACAGGAUGAAAAUAUGAGAUGCUCAGUGAUGCCGAAUGGAAAGGCUUCCAGUGCGCCUAAGGUCACAGACGGGCCAGAAAUGGAUUCUGCUUCCACAUCCUCAGCUGAGCUGUGCACUCAGAGACAUUGGGAUGCCAAAGUGCCAGUGCAGUCAGAAACAUCCAGUUCACCACCUUUCACUCAGAGUAGUGAAUCCUCCGUUGGCUCAGACGAUACCAUGUCGCCAGUACCUCUUUCCAAACAUGAAAGCAAAAAUGGCUGUUCCACCUCCUCGCCAAGUCAUGUUGCCAAGAAUGGCCAGGUUGUGGAGGCCUGGUAUGGUUCUGACGAAUACCUAGCGCUGCCAUCCUACCUUAAACAGACAGAAGUCUUAGCUUUGAAGCUGGAAAAUCUAACAAAGCUUCUGCCUCAAAAACCGAGAGAGGAAAUCAUUCAGAAUAUUGAUGACUGGGAACUCUCGGAAAUGAAUUCAGACUCUGAGAUCUAUCCAACACACCACAUCAAGAAAAAACAUACACGGCUAGGCAGAGUGUCCCCAAGCUCGUCCAGCGACAUUGCUUCUUCUCUGGGAGAAAGCAUUGAAUCUGGGCCCCUCAGUGACAUUCUUUCUGAUGAAGAGUUGUUUAUACCUCUCUCUGGCAUGAAAAAAUACAUCGACGAGAAAGCAGAAAAAGCUUCACCCUCUGAGAAAAACGAAAGCCAUUCUGUGGCAAAAUCUGCUCUAAUCCAGAAACUGAUGCAAGAUAUUCAACACCAAGACAACUAUGAAGCCAUAUGGAAAAAAAUUGAGGGGUUUGUAAACAAGCUGGAUGAGUUCAUUCAGUGGUUAAAUGAAGCCAUGGAAACCACUGAGAACUGGACUCCUCCCAAAGCAGAGACGGAUGGCCUUAAACUAUACCUGGAGACACACUUGAGUUUUAAGUUGAAUGUAGACAGUCAUUGUGCUCUCAAGGAAUCUGUGGAGGAGGAAGGACACCAACUUCUUGAGCUUAUUGCAUCCCACAAAGCAGGACUGAAGGACAUGCUGAAGAUGAUUGCAAGUCAAUGGAAAGAGCUGCAGAGGCAAAUCAAACGGCAACACAGCUGGAUUCUCAGAGCCUUGGAUACCAUCAAAGCCAAGAUACUGGCUACUGAUGUGUCUGUGGAGGAUGAGGAAGGGACUGGAAGCCCCAAGGCUGAGGUUCAACUAUGCUACCUGGAAGCACAAAGAGAUGCUGUUGAGCAGAUGUCCCUCAAGUUGUACAGUGAGCAGUAUACCAGUAGCAGCAAGAGAAAAGAAGAGUUUGCUGAUAUGUCAAAAGUUCAUUCAGUAGGAAGCAAUGGGCUUCUGGACUUUGAUUCAGAAUAUCAGGAGCUCUGGGAUUGGCUGAUUGACAUGGAGUCCCUUGUGAUGGACAGCCAUGACCUGAUGAUGUCAGAGGAGCAGCAGCAGCAUCUUUACAAGCGGUACAGUGUAGAAAUGUCCAUCAGACAUCUGAAAAAGACGGAGCUGCUUAGUAAGGUUGAAGUUUUGAAGAAAGGUGGCGUUUUACUACCAAAUGAUCUCCUUGAAAAAGUGGAUUCAAUUAAUGAAAAAUGGGAACUGCUUGGGAAAACCCUAAGAGAGAAGAUACAGGACACAAUGGCAGGGCACAGUGGAUCAGGUCCACGUGACCUGCUCUCUCCUGAAAGCGGAAGCCUGGUAAGGCAGCUGGAGGUCAGGAUCAAAGAACUGAAAGGGUGGCUAAGAGAUACAGAGCUUUUCAUCUUCAAUUCCUGUCUGAGACAAGAAAAGGAAGGAACAAUGAAUUCUGAGAAACAACUCCAAUACUUUAAGUCCCUCUGUCGUGAAAUCAAGCAGCGACGUCGAGGAGUGGCUUCCAUUCUGCGAUUGUGCCAGCAUCUUUUGGAUGACCGGGACACCUGUAAUCUAAAUGCAGACCACCAGCCCAUGCAGCUGAUCAUUGUAAAUCUCGAAAGAAGGUGGGAAGCCAUUGUCAUGCAAGCUGUGCAGUGGCAAACACGACUGCAAAAGAAGAUGGGAAAGGAAUCUGAGACAUUGAAUGUUAUCGAACCUGGUUUGAUGGACCUAAAUGGGAUGAGUGAGGAUGCCUUGGAAUGGGAUGAAACAGAUAUAAAUAACAAGUUAAUUAGUUUGAAUGAAGAAUUAAACGACCCAGAUCUAAAACUCCAGCCUGUCAUGCCUUCAUUGAAGCUUGAAGAGACAGGCAAUGAAGACCGUGGUUAUGAGGAGGAAGCAAGUGACCAUGGAGAAUCUCAACAUACCUCAAACGUUGCUGCACCCUCCAGUCCACCCAUUUACCAAGUAUACAGCCUUCACAACAUUGAACUCUGUGAAGACAGCCAUAUGCCAUUUCUGAAGAACAAUCAAAAGUUCAUUGGCAUGACACAAAGUGGUGUUUUGACUAAGAGUCUCAGUAAAGACUCUUCGUUUUCAUCUACAAAAUCUUUGCCUGAUCUUUUAGGGGGUUCCAGUUUGGGGAAGCCCUGCCUGUGCCUCAGUAGAGACAUGAGCCAGAAUUCUGGCAGUGAGAGUGGAAUUGUCAGUGAAGGAGACACGGAAACAACUACCAACUCUGAACUGUGCUUGCUCAGUGUGGUAGAUGGGUCCCUGAGUAACCUUGAAACCAAACAUCUGGACCCAAAACUGGGGGUUGCAGUUAACAUGUUAAAGCAACAAGUUAAAGAUGAAGAGGAAUGCAUUAAGCUUCCAAAUAACUCUCAAUCAUCCAUCUCACCAUUGGGUUGUGUAAAUGGAAAAGCUGGAGAUUUAAACAGUGUUACCAAACAUACCCCUGAUUGUUUGGGAGAAGAAUUACAAGGAAAACAUGAUGUGUUUACAUUUUAUGAUUACUCAUACCUCCAAGGCUCAAAACUCAAAUUACCAAUGAUAAUGAAACAGUCACAAAAUGAAAAGGCACAUGUGGAGGAUCCCCUUCUUCAUGGUUUUUACUUUGACAAAAAAUCCUGCAAAUCUAAACAUCAGACUUCAGAGCUACAACCAGAUGCUCCUCCCCACGAAAGGAUUUUGGCAAGUGCACCCCAUGAAUUGGAUCGCAAUUCCUAUAAAAGUACCAAUAUAGAGAAGACAUUUGCCGGCAUUCAGACUGCCAAACCGCUCUGCCUUUUAUCUCGUAGUUCAUCUGUUGAGUCCCUUUCUCCAGGGGGUGAUUUAUUUGGAUUGGGCGUCUUUAAAAAUGGCAGUGACAACCUCCAGAGAAGUACUUCUUUAGAAAGUUGGUUGACAUCCUAUAAAAGCAAUGAAGAUCUUUUUAGCUGUCACAGCUCUGGGGACUUAAGUGUGAGCAGUGGCUCUGUUGGUGAACUGAGUAAAAGGACACUAGAUCUUCUGAAUCGUUUGGAGAAUAUCCAGAGCCCUUCAGAGCAAAAGAUAAAGAGAAGUGUCUCUGACAUCACUCUCCAAAGCAGUUCUCAAAAGAUGGCCUUUGCUGGCCAGAUGUCAUUGGACAUAGCAUCUUCUAUCAAUGAAGAUUCAGCAGCAUCUCUUACAGAACUUAGUAGCAGUGAUGAGCUUUCUCUUUGCUCAGAGGAUAUUGUGUUGCACAAGAACAAGAUCCCGGAAUCAAAUUCAUCCUUCAGGAAGCGCCUGAAUCGUUCAGUGGCUGAGGAAAGUGAUGUCAAUGUCAGCAUGAUCGUUAAUGUCUCCUGCACCUCUGCUUGCACUGAUGAUGAAGAUGACAGUGACCUGCUCUCCAGCUCUACACUCACGUUGACGGAAGAGGAACUGUGUAUUAAAGAUGAGGAUGAUGACUCCAGUAUUGCAACUGAUGAUGAAAUUUAUGAAGAAUGUAACUUGAUGUCAGGACUGGACUAUAUAAAGAAUGAAUUGCAGACCUGGAUUAGGCCAAAACUUUUCAUGACAAGAGAUAAGAAACGGUGCAACUUCAGCAAUAAUAUGAAGGGCAGUAAAGAUGGGAGCAGUACUGAGGUGACUAAGCCCUCUGAUACCCUCAACAUUGAGGCGCUUCUAAACAGCUCCAUAAAAUGUCUUUCCGAAAACAAUGGAAAUGGUAAGAAUUCGUCCCAUACUCAUGAGUUUGAGACUAAAGGUGAAAAUAAGAAAAAUAUUUUCAAAGUUAGUAAGGAUCCAUAUGUAGCAGACAUGGAAAAUGGCAAUGUUGAAAGUGUUCCAGAAAAGCAAAAGGCUAAACUGAAUGAGAAUUCGAAGACAUCAGAGAAUCUUGGUUCAAAUGAGGAAAAGAUUUCAGAAAGUGAGUAUUGUAUGUGUAAAACAUUUGUGGAUGGCUCAGAUGAUUCAAAUAUUGCUAGAAAGGAAUUUGUUCCAGAAAAUGCUAGACAUCUUCCAAAGAAAUGUCCAAAUCACCACCAUUUUGAAAAUCAAAGUGCUGAUUGCACUCCUAUUGAGAAGUCUUGCCCAGAAAUGGCUUUAGAAACCAGAGUUAACAGCAGACAAGACAGUGAUAUACGGAAAUCUUCAUCUAAUGAUGUGCCAAGUGUGGCUGGAAAAUCUGCUAGUUGCUGCCUAGCACUUGAACAAAAUGAAACAGAGGAAAAUGCUUCUAUCAGCGACAAUGCUUCCUGUUGUGACUGUGAACCAGAUGUUUUCCUUCAAAAAGAUGCUGAAGAUUGCUCAGUACAUGACUUUGUGAAGGAAAUCAUUGACAUGGCUUCAACAGCCCUAAAAAGCAAAUCUCAACCUGAAAAUGAGGUAGCUGCUCCCACUUCAUUAACUCAGAUCAAGGAGAAAGUGUUAGAACAUUCUCACCGGCCCAUCCAGCUAAGAAAGGGGGACUUUUAUUCCUACUUGUCUCUUUCAUCUCAUGACAGUGAUUGUGGGGAGGUUACCAAUUACAUAGAUGAGAAAAGCAAUACUCCAUUGCCGUUAGACGCAACCGACUCGGGCUUAGAUGACAAAGAAGACAUUGAAUAUUUCUUUGAGGCCUGUGUUGAGGAUGAGCCUAAUGGAGAGGAACCCUGUUUCUCUAGUGCUUCUCCAAAGGAAGCUGCGGUUCCCAAUGAAGCUACCGGGUCAGCACAAGCAAUGGCAAGCUCUUCUAUGUUCAAUGAUAUUUCUCUCCUAGCUGAUGAUGCCCAUGUGGUGCCUCUUUCAAGACCUCCCCCUCAGGAAGAAGCUGACAUCAGAAGGGAAGUAGAUGAUUGGUCCCAAUCCUCCCAAGGCUGUGCAGAAUAUUCAAUAAUUACUCCUUCAGGGGUGGGGAGUGAAAAAGAAAGUUCAGGAAAUCCAGAUGUUUCAGGAAUGCCAGAACAUGACACUGCUUCAGCCAAAUCUAGUGUUCUUGACCUCUCCUUGAAGGCAAGUCAGCCAAAAGACAAGGCUGUGCUACAUCCCAGCCCCCAAGCUUUAACCUGUAAAGAAAAUCUUCUAAGCAUACAAGAAGAACAUCAUAAAAAUAUGCAUAGGUAGAAUGUAACACCCCUACAAGCAUGAAAAUCAUCUCAUUGAAAGAUAGCCUGGCUCUAACCUGGGGCUCCUGGCUGUAACCUCCAGCCCUGGACUGGUCUCUGAUUCCAUCCUGUUGUCACUGCCGUUUGUCCCAUUGACUUUCCUAAGAUGAAUCUUCCUUCUGAAUGCCGUUUGUCCACGUGGGCUUUGUGAUCUGGAUGUCUGCAAAUGGUUCUAUUUAGGUGAUCAUCUUUGAAGUUCAACGAAGCUGCUUGUUCUCCCAUGGAUUCCUGUCCCAAACUACCUCUGUCAGCCCACUUCUCCCCUUUCCUAUCUGCUCCUUAAAGGUCUAUACUUCACCAAAAUUGAUGGCCUAUUAAAUUCACUGUCUGGAAUGACUCCCGAUCCCUUCCUGCCAGUACUUGACCAAUUUCAUGUAUCCUAGAUUUUUUUUUAAUAGUAUGAUACCUAUGUCUAUUGCAAGAGGUUUACCUAAAAAGCAAACAAUUCAUUUGAUUGUGGCAUAGAGAACACUGGUUCUUCUUUCAAAAUUAAGCGACUUUUUAAAGCGCUAUCUAUUUAUUUCAUUUAAAUAAUGAUCUAUGCAGCACUUCAAGAAACAACUCUAACAGUGUUGUGUAUUAUGAACUGGUGACAUUCAACUAUUAAAAUAUGUAAAACAUUUUGUUUCUCAAUGCUUCUUUAGGUGGUAAUGAGAAAAAAGUUGUGUUUUUUUAUUUUAAAAAGUGUGCCUUGCUUGUAUUUCUUAUAACCAUUUAUUAAAAAGCUGCUUUCAUGGUAAAAGUAUGUUAGUUUGAAAAGAGGAAAUAGCAAGGUUAAGACAUGUGAAUAAUUUCUGUAUAUAUCUAUAACCAAGUACAAACAUUGAUGUAUAAUGACAGUAUAAAAUGCUUUCAUGUUUAUGAUGUCUAGUGAUGUGGAAAAUAUAAGCCUUAAAUUCAUUAGAUUGCAUGGUAAUUAAAAUUGGCUUGAUAACAAUAGUUUAUUGGGGGAAAAGGAAAAUUAGUGAUCUCUUCUACCUAUGUUCCUUACCAAAUUGCUGCAUCUGAUUCUGAAAAAUAUAACAACUAAUAGCCUCUGCAAUGUCCAUAUUGCAUAAGAGGCUUAAAAUUACUAAAACUACACACUAGACAUGAAGCCUUUUAAGCCUUCUUAAAAUCUUUCUGGCCACUCAUUUUGAAAUAGCAAGUAAUUAAAGGCCAGUUCCUCUAACCAAUAAAAUUCAUAGUAUAUAUUUUAUUUCUUUUUAUUAUUAAGAGUUAAUUGAUGUGGGAUUUCAGGAUACUCUUGUGUGUCUUUAUUUAUUUAAACAAUUGCUUUGGAUGGGUUUUUUAGAAAGAUGGUAGAAAAGUAUAGAAAAAGUAAUCUAUUAUUUUUAUUUAAAUUAUAGAUUUCAAGUAUAUUUAUCUUGUGUAAAAGAAAGCAGCAAAGAAAUAUUUCAUUUGAUCUCUACUGAGUCUUGUUAAAUGUAGUUGUAAACUUAUAAUUCCUACUAAAGUGCCUCACACAGUAGGUAUUUUAUAGUAAUGUGCUGAAUGGAAAUAUUGAAUUAGGAAACAUGGAUGACAUAUCUAUCUCUUCACUUGGAGAGACUUACAUUAAAACAUCUACAUGACAAGAAAGACAUAUGCUGUAUAAAACCACCUGUAACAUAUAAUCAAUGAUAAGAUAUCAAAAGGGGAAAGAGUGUUAUGGUUUCACAUGUCACAAAAAUGACAAUCAUUCAUUCAGCAGAUAGUUCAUUAUCAUUCCUUAUCUGCAAGACACUGCACUGGGUUCAAGGAAUGAAAUGGUGAAAAGACAAAGGUCCUGCCCUGGAGGCU